AUGAAUGAACUUGAAAAGGACGGAUUCAAGCAAAGUGAUAGCUCAGACGAGCCUCCUAGCUUUGACCACCAGGAAAAGGGGGACAGUAUCCUACCUGAGGUCGAGAAUCGGGGAGCGAACAGCCUGAAUGCUGUCUUCGAGAACCCACUUGCUGGAUUCCCCCCGCGAAAAGCUCUUCCGGCAUGUGGAGCAGGUGCACUCAUCUCUCAGUCUCCUGAGUCUGCAACAAGUCUUCCUGAAUUGGAUGAAGUUGACAAAGUGGCUCUUACCAGGGAGCAUACUCAUAAAUGGUCGCAGCCAUGGCAACUCUACUUUCUUGCAAUCAUGUGCUCGCUCGCUGCCGCCGUCCAGGGAAUGGAUGAGACUGUCAACAACGGUGCUCAGGCCAUCUACUUGAAGCGACUUGGAAUUGAGAACAAUGACAAUCUUACCGGUCUUGUCGUCGGCGCUCCCUACUUGGCCUGUGCUAUUCUGGGUUGCUGGCUGACCGAGCCUUUGAACCGAGUCUUCGCCCGCUCUACCGUUGUUCUUCCUGUCAUUGUCUGUACUCAUGUCUACAUCUGCCCCGAGUCGCCCAGAUGGCUGAUUCAGCAUGACAAGAUCGAAAAGACCUAUGAAAGCUUCAAGGUUCUACGAUCUACCGAUAUUCAGGCAGCGAGAGACUUGUACUAUGCCUAUGUGGCUGUACAGUUGGAGCGUAAAAUCAACAAGGGAAAGAACUUUUUCACCAUGUUCCUGGAGCUCUUCACUAUUCCUCGCAACGGUCGCGCCACUUUGGCUACCUGGAUCGUGAUGUUCAUGCAGCAAUUUUGUGGUGUUAAUGUCAUUGCCUACUAUUCUACUACUAUCUUCCAGGACUCUGGAUACAGUUUAUCAACCGCGCUUCUAGCCUCCAUGGGCACAGGUAUUCUUAACUGGGUCUUCGCUCUACCAGCCGUCUUAACUAUCGACACCUGGGGUCGUCGCAACCUACUUCUCUUCACGUUCCCUUUCCUGGCCAUCUUCCUAUUCUGGUCAGGCUUCUCGUUCUGGAUCGAGCCAGAUGUCCCCGAUAGCAAGAAAAGAGUUGCAAUGGUCACGGCCGGCAUGUACCUGUUCGAAGUAUUCUACUCGCCAGGUGAAGGACCAGUCCCAUUCACCUAUUCGGCCGAGGCAUUCCCUUUACAUGUCCGAGAAGUUGGCACGUCGUGGGCUACUGCUACCACAUGGUGCUUCAAUUUUAUUCUUUCCUUCACAUGGCCUCAUCUUCUCAAUACUUUUAAGCCACAAGGGGCUUUCGGGUGGUAUGCAGCUUGCUGUCUCCUUGGUUGGGUCUUGGUGUUGCUCUUCGUUCCGGAGACAAAGGCUCUUACAUUGGAAGAAUUGGACCAAGUGUUCUCGGCUUCGACCAGGAAGCACGCCUCUUAUCAGCUCAAAAAUGCUGUUUGGUACUUCCGUGUUUGGGUCCUGCGACAGAAGCUUGAUCCUCUUCCCAAAUUCUACCAGGGUGCGGAGCAUCUUGCGGAGGUCGGCGACACUCCGUCCAAGUAG